AUGCACUGUCUGAGAGCGCUGCGUCCGUCCAGCGCGCUCCAGCUGAUCGUCAAACACACAGACGCGGUGAGGAAGGUCUUCAUCCUCCAGCAGCAGCCGGCAGCAGCAUGUUGUUGUCUGAGCACCAGAUCAACAACCACGUCCCAGAGACCACCGCCGACACACUUGGACCACUUCCACAUCAAAAUGAAUGUUCCUUCAAAGUCCCCCAGCUCCUCAGGAGUGGAAGACCUGCUGUUCUACACCAUCACACAGGGAAAAGAGCAAGUCCCCAUUUCAUACUUUACCUCAGCCCUGAAGAAAACGGGCCUCCACCCAUCAGACCCUCGUCUAAAGGACUGCAUGGAGAAGCUUCGACAGGCAGUGAAGGACUCUGUUGGUGAGGUGAUGAUGGACAGAGACCUUUUCCACAGGUGUGUUGGUGGGAACAUUGUCCUGCUGAUCCAGGCCUUCAGAAAGAAAUUUAUCAUCCCAGAGUUUGACGUGUUUGCACAAAAAAUUGAUGACAUCUACAACACAGUGGAAAACCAGGGUGAUGGGAAGGUGGCAGACUACAUCCCCCAACUCGCCAAGUUCAGCCCAGAUCUGUGGGGUGUGUCUUUGUGUACAGUGGAUGGCCAGAGGCACUCAGUAGGCGACACCAAGCUGCCGUUCUGCCUGCAGUCCUGUGUGAAGCCGCUGCAGUACGCCAUCGCCGUCCACGAGGCGGGAACAGAGGGGGUUCACCGUUACGUCGGCAUGGAGCCCAGCGGAUUCAAGUUCAACAUGCUGUCGCUUGAUGACGAAGAUAAGCCCCACAACCCCAUGGUGAACGCUGGAGCCAUAGUGAUCAGCUCUCUUAUCAAGCCUCGCUCCAAUAAGGCAGAGAAGUUUGACUAUGUUAUGGAGUUUGUGAAAAAGAUGGCAGGCCAGGAGUAUGUGGGAUUCAGCAACGCCAUGUUCCAAUCAGAAAAAGAAACAGGCGACAGAAAUUUUGCCAUCGGAUACUACAUGAAGGAGAAGAAGUGUUUUCCUCCGGGAGCGGAUAUGAUCGAUGCCCUGGACUUCUACUUCCAGCUCUGCUCCAUCGAGGUGACCUGCGAAUCUGGAAGUGUCUUGGCCGCCACUCUGGCCAACGGAGGGAUCUGCCCAAUCACAGGCGAGCGUGUCCUGAGUGCCGAGGCAGUGCGAAACACUUUGAGUCUCAUGCACUCGUGUGGCAUGUAUGACUUCUCUGGCCAGAUGGCUUUUCAUGUGGGUGUGCCGGCCAAAUCCGGGGUGUCCGGCGCCAUACUGCUGGUGAUCCCUAACGUCAUGGGAGUGAUGUGUUGGUCCCCUCCUCUGGACAGAGUUGGAAACAGCGUCCGGGGAAUACACUUCUGUCAGGAGCUCGUUUCGCUCUUCAAUUUCCACAAUUAUGACAACUUGAGGCACUUUGUGAAGAAGCAGGACCCUCGCAGACCGGAGGGAGACGACAGGAACAAGUCUGUUUUUAAUUUGAUGUUCGCCGCCUACAGUGGAGAUGUGUCUGCUCUGAGAAGGUUUGCUCUCUCAUCCAUGGACAUGGACCUGAAAGAUUAUGAUUCCCGAACAGCGCUACAUAUCUCUGCAGCAGAGGGUCAUAUAGAUGUGGUGAAGUUCCUCACUGAAAUCUGCAAAGUUGAUCCAUUUGUAGAAGACAGGUGGGGGAACCUACCCGUCGACGACGCCAUGCAGUUCGGACACAACGAGGUGGUGAAGGUGCUGAAGGACUAUCAGCAGGUCUGCAGGCAGCAGGAAACGCAGCACACCGAGACUGAGCACUCCACGAAGCUGGACACCAUCGAGGGCAUGGUGUGACGUAUUUGAAUAGUCCCCACGCUGUAACAUGUCAGGGCAUUUGUGCAAUCUGUCAAGUUUUUAAAUAUGAAGGUCCUUUUGUAGCACUUUAAAUGAGUUCCAAACAAAGACCAGAAUACGACUGUAUAAACAUGAAUUAACUAUGCAAACAGCGGUUGGGGAAAAGAUAAGAUUCAAUGCAAACAACAGGCCGAGAAAAAAUAAUAACACAACAAGCCAAUAGAAUACAACAUUAGUGGGUUUGUGUAAACAAUAGCAUAUGCUGCGAACAGACUGAGCCUAAUUUCAAAUCAGUACUGCUGGAACACAAUGUUGAUGUGAUGGUAAGAUUAUUAGAGUUAUAUGUAGCAGGCGGUCUCAGUAUUAUUGAAGAGGGAUUUGAUCAACUCAAAAAAAUGGAUAAUUAUAAAUGCAAAUGCUUCCCAUUACUUACAACGAUACAUUUUUACUGUUAUCUAUUUUUAUUAUUCUAUCGUGCCUUGUUGAAACAUUUAAAUAUGUAAAACUAUCUGACAUGUUUGAAUGUAAAAUCUCAAAUUUCUUGUAAAAGUCAAGAUAAGGAAUGUACGUGAGCCCAAAAAGUUUAAUGUAAGAUAUAUUGUAUAUAUUAUGUUCUUCAGUUGUAAAUAAGUGCACUGGAUUUCUAAUAAUACAUAAUUAUAGACAUUGUCAUAACAUUUUAACUCUGCAUAAAACAAGAAAUUCCAAAGAGCCGUUUAUGUGAAAUACUUUGACAUUGAAGACAUCCAUUAAACAUGUUUUAUUUAUCUGCCA